CGUAUGAAGAGCCCCCUGGGCCGACUUAGAAGGCCUCCCCACGCUCCACCCACCCGACCCGAAUGCGCUCACAACUGGCCGCCAUAUGCUCAUGGGGCCCAUCCUCGCCGAUUUUUCGGAGCCGCGUCCAGCCAUGGCCACGAAGGGCGCCGGCGUCACGGACUGGUUCGACCCCGCGACCAUGGCGAGCCCGCAGAUCCCCGAGGACCUCGUCGGGAUCGCACACUCGAUGGAGCAGGUGGACGGCGAGAUAGACAGGCUGACGACCGAGGAGGGCUACGCGGCACACCGCAUCCCGAGGAAGGAACCGCCGCACGCGCAUCACACACACACUCGGAGCUCCGCGCCGCGUCCCUGGACCGGCGCUGGGCCCCCCUCCCUGGCGCUGGCUCCCUUGGCGGCGCCUCCCGCGCCGCGGACCUCCGACAGUUGGUGUCCUGCCCGUGCAGCCUGCUUUCUUCCUCGCGCAUCGGCCUCCUCGGGCACGGCUCCGGCGGGCGCCUCGCCCUGCACCUGGCGUACGGGGCCGGCAGGCACCGGGGCGAGCUCGGGGCCGUGGCGAGCUCGGGGGGCUUCCUGCCGCAGGGCAGCGUGUGCUUCUCCGCCGCCGCCAGCGCCUGGAGGCACGGCUCUGCCCGCGGCCCGUCCCCGCCCCUGCUCCUGAGCCACGACGAGGACGACGGGCGCGUGAGCCAGGGAGGGUGGAGAGGUCCGCUGCCAGCUCGGGGCGGCCGGCGUGCGCGCGCCCGCGGAGGUCCUGGGCUGCGCCGGGGCGGGGCGCGGCGUGGGCGCCUCGGAGCUGCGGGCGCUCCUGGAGUUCUUCCUGCUGCACCUGGCCGCGGCGUGAGGGCGAGCGUCCGCCAUGACAGAGGCCCAGACAUGCUCGCGUCGCG